AUGAUGAUGACUCGGCGAGUCGGUGUGGUCGUUACGUCGUCUUUGCUCGUCUUCUUUGCAGUAGUGGCUGCAGUGCUGCUGUUCGUGCCUGCGUUUGACCAUGCUGUGUUCAUGAGCAUCCGCCAUGGUUCCAUGGGUUCAAGCUCGUCUGGUGCAGGAAACAACACUCUCACUGCAACCCACCGCAAGCUUCUUCUUCGUGCGACAGAAAUGGACGAACCAAACAGAAUUCCAGGAGAAAAGUGUAGCAAGGCAGACAUAGUGAUAAACCAGGGUCCCACGGGCCCACUCCCAAGUGGUAUUCCCACCUACACCGUUGAGAUCAUGAACGUGUGUGCCAGCGGCUGUGACAUCUCUCGCAUCCACCUCACCUGUGGUUGGUUCAGCUCGGCUCGGCUUGUGAACCCUAGGAUAUUCAAGCGGCUUCACUACAACGACUGCCUUGUGAACGAUGGCAAGCCUCUGGUCAAUGGCGGUACACUGUCCUUUCAAUACGCCAAUACUUUCCUCUACCACCUCUCAGUUUCCUCCGUCUCAUGCUCUUAAUAUCUCAAUAUUAGCAAAAGAUCACCUUACUAUAAUAUCACACGACAUGAAAACAACAAAAACGACAAUUAUAUAAAGCACCUAAAGCAGGAUUUAGUAUAGGUAUAGCUAAGCUAGUUCGAGCUUUAGUAAGAGACCCAUUUUGCCCUUUUCUGUUUUUGGAUGGUUUCAACUCUAUUCUGGGAUUUGUAUACCUGAAAUGGUGUUUUGGGUGGUGGAGUGGCUGAAGAUGGAUUAGGGUAGAAAUGCAUGGUGGUGUCAUGGUGACUAAGAGAGAGAGAGAGAGAGACUUGGCUGGGCCUGAACUUCAAAUUGAGUUUUUGACAUGUUUUGGGUUUCUCUCCUGUGUAUAUAUAGUAAUAUACUAUAGACUAUAAUAUAGGAUGUGGUUUACUGUCAUUACUUUGUUGG